AUGAAGGAGCGCACGAAUAUACUGAAGAAUUUCAGGGAGCUAGUGUUGAGAUAUCUUACGGCUGCAGAUUCGUUUGCCGAAGGAGAAUCCGAUUGCUAUAUUUCUGCAGCCACCAGUUCCUAUUCAGUAGCUCGACAGACUUUGAACACAGAUGCUGAUGCUCUCGUCCUCAAAGAUGACAAUGGUGACGACGAUCUAGCCGGAGAACGUGGAACAACCGUCAGUCGGUCUAAAAUGGCAAACCACCUUUCUUUUCUUCACGUCCGCUUAAUAAUUCUAUUGAGUUUCCUGGCAGGUUCUCACGCCGACCGGUUCACCAGUGACUUAUUGCGGAGAGCUGUGCAGUUCUCUAGGAAAGAUAACGUCAUUGUAUCUCCAUUUUCUGUUCGAGAAGCCUUAGCUCAGGUCUAUGUGGGAGUGAAGGGCAGCGCCGCUGAUGAACUUCAUAGUGAGCUACACUUGACUGGACAUUCAAAGCGCGAAUCAGUCGAAGAAUUUCGCAGAUUUCACCAAAUAUUGUCACCAGGUGGUGGAGCCACUUUGAAAAUAGCGAAUCGUAUAUUUGUGGCACACAGGUUUCCCGUGUUGCUAAAAUACAACGAACUUGUGAGGAAAAUAUUUCGAACAGAUGCCGAAAAUAUUAAUUUUUUGAACAGCCAACUGGCCGCAUCACGAAUCAAUAAAUGGGUAGCAACACGAACCGAAUACCUUAUCGAGGAAAUUGUUCAACCUGACAGUUUGGACGGUGACUUAAGAUUAUUGGUAAUUAACGCCAUUUAUUUUCAUGGAAAAUGGGAAAUACCGUUCCAUCCUAAAAAUACAGACAAAAGCGAUUUCUUCAUACCGGGUGAAGGUCCUGUUAAAGUCGAUAUGAUGCAUGGCCUAAUAAAUGUGCUCUAUGGACGAACAGAUGUUUUAGAUGCUCAUGCUGUGGAGCUUCCCUAUAUGAACUCCAAUAUUUCCAUGCUGGUAAUAUUACCCAAUAACCCCAAUGGUCUACCAAAAUUGGAGAGAAAUCUGUAUAAAGUUAACUUAUUAACGCUUACAUCUGAGUUUGAAAAGGAGAAAAUACUUUUGGAUUUGCCCAAAUUUAAGAUUGAAUUUAAGCUAAAUCUGAAUCAACCUUUAAAAGGUAUGGGAAUCCAAGAAAUAUUUAGAGAUCCUGAUUUUAGUGACUUGACAAGUCCUGGAGAAUGUUUUUUUGUAUCUGAAGUGCUACAAAAAGCGGUAAUUGAAGUGAAUGAAGAGGGAUCUACAGCAGCAGCAGCAACUAUGGCCGGAAUCUCUACGAAAAAGCGAAAGCCCACAUUUAAGGUGGACCAUCCAUUCCUUUUCGCAAUAAAAGAUCAGCAAAGAGUUUACUUUGUAGGUCGAGUCAGGAGAUUGGAUUAGUAUGGAAUAUUUCGCUGAAGGCUCAACCUAGAGCCAAUUCAUAUUCUCUAGUAAUUGUGAAUAUGCGAACUUUAUAAAAAUUUAAUAAUACAACCUUAAUAAAAUAGGCUGAAAAUAAUGGAGCAAGUGAAGCAAAUAAGA